GGGUGAAUUACUGUAUAUACAAUACAUAGUAUCACUAUGCAUGAUGCAUAUUGUUUGUGAAAAUAUAUUAUUACAUCCCGCCUUAAUAGUCACCUAGGGUGCCAAAUGGAGUAGGAUGAGCACUGACCUCAACUGUUACUCAACGGCACACUUUGACCUUGAAAUUACUCUAUAGUUUAGAAUAAGUUGUAGAUUUCAAAACAGCUUUUAUUUGCAGCCAAUUUCAUUGUCAGUUUAAAAAAAAAAUCUCUUACAAAUAUUAAAGCAAAACAACACUCCAUGGUUUCCCCUUUAAUGUAUAAACAUAAUCACAUUUGUCACAUUUUUAUCAUAAUCAUCUCAGGCAUCAGGCUGGUUGGAGGUUCACGCUGUUCUGGAAGACUAGAGGUUCCUCAUGGGAACACAUGGCACACAGUGUGUGCUGCUGCCUUUGACCAGCAGGAUGCAGAGGUUGUGUGUAGAGAGCUGGACUGUGGGGCUCCUGUACAGGUGCUGGGAGAAGAUGUUUUUGGAAAAGGAGACGCUCAGAUGUGGACACAAGAGAUUCAGUGUGGGGGAGACGAGUAUCAGUUUGCUCUCUGCCCAAUGUCACCUUCACACAAUUGUUCCUAUGACAAUGAUGUGAGCGUUGUAUGUGCUGAAACAGCAGGGCCGGCCCGAGGCAUAAGCGAACUAAGCGGCUGCUUGGGGCCCCCUGGCCAAUAGGGGGCCCCCCAAUCGUGUUUUCCCCAAUCGUGCCAUGUCACAAAAAAGGAUGUAUCCCUCUGGUGCCGAAAAAAGAAAGAAGAAAAAGACAGAGGAGGAGAAAAAAGAGCAAGAUAAAGUACUUUGGAGCACAACCAACUCUACCCGCCCCUGAUGUUUCAAGUGUCAGUGCCUCCACAGCUGAUGAUACAGCAGGUUCAUCCACUGCAGAGUUACAAGCACCUGAAAGUGACGAGCAGUUACAAGCACUUACAUUCACUGAUACAUCAGUUUCAACCUCAGCCAGCAUGACAGGUCCUUCUACAUCUGCACCCACUACUAUAGAUUUCCCAUCCACUCCCUCAACAAGCUCCAGCUAUCAAGAUAGAUCAACAGCUCCUCCAGUUGACCCAGUUGAAUGGUCAGAAUUCCUGUCAGACUCAGAAAGGACUGAUCUGGUAAAAAGAGGGCCAGUGCCAAUAAGUGACACCUUCACCUUCCCCAAGAAAUCAGAUGGACGAAGCUUUCACUACCACUAUACAUACAGACAAUUAGUUAAUGGGGAAAAAAUCAAGCGAAGCUGGUUAAUUUAUUCAAAAAAAAAAAGAUGCGGUUUACUGCUUCUGUUGCAAAUUAUUCUUGAAGAAGUCCACAAAACUGUCAACAGAGGGACAGCGUGAUUGGGUAAAUGUAGGUGCUUUGCUGAAACAGCAUGAGAAUAGUCCAGAUCAUUGCAAUAAUAUGGUGAAGUGGAAAGACUUUGCCCUCCAUCUUUCUAAGCAGAAGACUAUUGAUGCAACAGAAAUGGCCCUUUUGGAGGCAGAAAAAAAAUCGUUGGAGAGAUGUUCUCAUCCGUUUGAUUAGUAUCAUUCAGUCUUUGGCAGAGAGGAAUCUUGCACUCAGGGGGUCUGUCGAUACUUUGCAUCAGGCCAACAAUGGGAACUUCCUUAAAGAGGUGGAACUGAUAGCAAAAUUUGACCCUGUGUUAAAAGACCACAUCAGACGAAUUGAUAGUGGAAUGCAGCACAACACGUACCUAGGUAAGACUAUCCAGAAUGAGCUGAUAGAGUGUGUCAGUGACAAAAUAAUUGAGGUAAUGGUGGCAGAAAUCAAGAACUGCAAAUAUUAUUCAAUUAUUUUAGACUGUACACCUGAUGUUAGUCUCCAUGAACAAAUGUCUGUUGUGGUGCGCACAGUCACUCUGGGCAAAACACCAGAAAUAAAAGAGCACUUUUUAGGAUUUCUGAUAGCUCCAGAAUCCACUGGCCUGGGUUUGUCCAGUCUAAUUCUUAACAGGCUUGAGGAAUUGAACAUCCCUUUUCAGGAUUGUCGGGGGCAGUCCUAUGACAAUGGGGCUAAUAUGAAGGGAAAAAACAAAGAUGUGCAGGCUAGGCUAUUGGUUAAAAAUCCAAGAGCUUUUUAUGUGCCUUGCAGUUCUCAUACUCUAAAUCUGACAGUGUCAGAUGCAGCUAAAGCAUCAACGGAUGCUUCUUGUUUUUUUGGAAAUGUGGAGAAGGUGUACAAUUUGUUCGCUGGGUCCACUCAAAGGUGGGCCAUCUUACGGAAGUUUGUUGACCUCACCCUCAAGUCCUGGAGUGAGACGCUCUGGGAAAGCCGGAUAAAAAGCAUUGAAGCUUUGCGCUACCAGUCAGAGAAGGUGAGGGAAGCCCUGCUAGAAGUUAGAAAUAAAGCGACGGACCCUGUAGUGGCUGUUGAAGCCAACUCCCUUGCGGAAGAAAUAGGUUCAUCAUUAAUCAUUUCAGAUUUGUUGUGUCGUCUGGUAUGACAUUUUGUCUAAAAUUAACAUCACUAGCAAGCUUCUACAGUCAACCAACAUGCAGCUUGAUGUAGCUGUUAACCUUGUACAAAAGAACAAAGCCGAACUCAUCAGUUACCGAAAAACAGGCUUCUGUGAUGCACAGACAUCUGCAAAAGAAAUUUGUGAGCAGAUGAACACAGAAGCAGUGCUGAAAGAAAAGCGAUUGCAUUCUACAAAAAGGCACUUUGCCUAUGAGGCUGCAGAUGAGCCAAUAGUGGAUGCUAUGAAGAGGCUAGAAGUGUCCUUUUUUAAUGCUGUAGUGGACUGUAGCAUUCAGUCGUUGGAGGAUAGAUUUAAGUCUCUAAGUGAGGUUAAAGAAAACUUUGGAGUGCUGCUCAAUUUUAGGGAGCUAGAUCGGAAGAUCCGGAGGGAACAAUGUGAGCUUCAUGGGGAAAAACUCUCUUGUGGAGAGGAGGCUGAUAUUGAUGGUAGUGCAGUGGCUGUAGAGAUUGAGAGUCUUCCUGAACUUCCCCAAACUAUGAUGACCGCCCUUGAGCUUCUCACAUACCUCUCACAAAAUGAGAUGUGUGAGCUUUACCCAAAUCUUUGGGUAGCUCUCAGGAUAGCCUGCACUCUGCCUGUGACAGUUGCCUCAGCAGAGAGGAGCUUUUCCAAGCUCAAAUUGAUUAAAACAUACUUGAGAUCAUCAAUGGCCCAGGAAAGACUAAGUGGACUUGCAGUUAUUAGUAUUAAUAACAAAGUUGGCCAAGCAAUACCAUACAAUGAUGUCAUCAGUGACUUUGCCUCCAGAAAAGCUAGGAAGGAACGAUUUUGAGGUCAUUGUUGUACAAUUGCCAUUGUUGAACCCUUGCUAUUCUUAUGUUUCUAAUUAAUCUAUUUUUUUGUAACAUUAUAUUUUUGAUUAUAUUAAUGUU